AUGCCACCGCGCAAGCUCAAUGUGCUGGUGUAUGCCGGCUCCGGCUCCACUACCGAGUCCGUCCGCCACUGUCUGUUGACGCUCCGCCGCCUUCUCUACCCCAACUACGCCGUCAUCCCUGUCACCGAAGAUGCCCUGGUCAAGGAGCCAUGGCAGGCCACGUGCGCGCUGCUCGUCAUCCCCGGCGGCGCCGACAUGGGCUACAGCCGCGUGCUCAACGGCGCGGGGAACCGUCGCAUUGCGCAGUACGUCCGUGCCGGCGGCCGCUACCUGGGCCUCUGCGCCGGCGGCUACUACGGCAGUGGACGCUGUGAGUUUGAGGUGGGCAACAAGCCGCUCGAGGUGAUUGGCCGGCGCGAGCUGGGCCUCUUCCGGGGCACGUGCCGGGGGUGUGCCUACCCGGGGUUCGCAUACAAGAGCGAAGCGGGCGCGCGCGCCGUGCAGCUCACGGUACACCGGGACGCGUUUGCGCCCAAGGGCACCAAGGGCGCCAAGGGCGGGACAGACACGGACAAGAAGGACAAGAAGGACAAGAAGGACAAGAAGGACAAGAAGGGCCCGGGCGCCGACCUGCCCACAUCGGCGUGCAGCUACUACAACGGCGGCGGCGUGUUUGUGGACGCCAAGAGCGCCGACAACGUCCAGGUGCUGGCGAGCUACCCAAACGACAUUGCCGUCGAUGGCGGCAAGGGGCGAGCGGCCAUCAUUUACUGCACCGUCGGUGAGGGCGCUGCCAUUCUCACCGGGCCGCAUCCAGAGUUCGAGCCGGCCAACCUCUCGGAACGCCCCGAUGUCCCGCACUAUGAUGACCUGCUGCGUGCCCUGCGCAAAGACGACGAGGCCCAGUCCCGCGUCAAGCUCCUCAAGGCCUGUCUGGCCAAGCUUGGCCUCGAGCUCGGCAGCGGAAGUGCCGUCCAGCCACGCCUCACGGCCCUGCACGUCACCACGCUGUACCCAGACGAGGUCCAGGAGCUCAUGUACAAGUGGGAGGAGAUUGUGUCGGCAAAGGGCGCCAACGCAUUCAUCCGCGACGAGAGCGAUACCUUUCGAGUGCUGCUCCCCGACUCGGGACCGCUGGCAUGGCCGGCCGAAGCGAAUGUGGCGACACCGCUCUCGGACGACGACAGCGUGGGCCAGGGCUACGGCCAGAGCAACCAGAAGCGCUUCAGCGCGGGCAUGCUCAUGGAUCUCACGGACCGUGCAUUGCGCUACCCGAAGCUGGCCGAGCUCAUUGGCCGCGUAGCCAGCGGCACGGCACCCGACACAGACACUGACACAUUCCGGGCCAUCCUGGAGGCCGUUGCCGACCACGAGGAAGAAGGAGACGACGACAGCAGCGACCCAGCAGCUGCGGCUGCGUCACUCUCCACAAGCACAGUCGACGAGUGGCGGGAGGCGUGGAAGACACACCGGGCCGCAUUCGACCGCAUGGUGGACGCCAUCUACAGGGCGGUGGGACGCACUCUGCUCGGCCACCCAGAAAAUGUGCCCAAACUGGACGCGGAGAUUAAGCAAGAAAUGUGGAGCUCCCUGGUGCACGCGUGGGAAGACAAGCGGCGCCGGAGAGAGGAGGCGAGUCGUCCGCUCGAGGACGCUGACGGUGUUGAUGCUGAAGCACACAACGACACCGCCAGCCGGCUCCUGCAGCUCGUCGACGAGGUCGCCGGCGACGAUGCCGAGGAUGGUACCAUUAAAAAGAUCGUCGUGUACGAGGGCGGCUGGCCGAGCAAGGUGGCCGUCUUUGACCACAGCCGCUACUACCGCGCCCUCGCCACCUACCGCCUGAGCCUCUCCUCGGGCAGCAACCGCGCCCACCACGCCGACGACGACUACGAAUGGGGCAACCAGCUCAUGUACGCCAAAGUCACGACGAGCACCAACACGCUGCUCGAAAAGAACCCCAAGCUGCUGAGCACGCUGCCCACGGGCUUCACGUUGACCGCCACACGCCAAUUGUCUGCGCGGGGCCGCGGGUCCAACGUCUGGCUGGCACCCGAGGGCCAGCUCGUUCUGUCGACCGUCAUCAACCACCCGCACCGGUUUGGCAGCGGCAGCGGCAGCGGCAACCGCCCCGUCGUGUUUAUUCAGUAUCUCGCGGCCAUUGCCAUCGUGGAGGCCAUCCACGCGUACGCGCCCGGCUUCGAGGCGCUGGACGUCAAGCUCAAGUGGCCCAACGACAUUUACGCGCGAGACACGACCAGCCCCCGCAAACACAACGAAGGCGAGGCCCCCGGCUACGUCAAGAUUGGCGGCAUCCUCUCGUACUGCGCGUUCCAAAACGGCCAGUACCAGGUCGUGCUGGGCAUCGGGCUCAACACGGUCAACAAGAAGCCCACCACCAGCCUCGAGGCCCUGGUGCCGCCCGCGCUCCGCGCCUCGGUGUUGGGCGGCGCCGCCACGGCCACAACCGCCACGUCCACAACGGUCAUCGACAAUGAAAAGCUGCUGGCGUGCCUGCUGGUCCACCUCGAGUCGCUGUACAAGCAGUUUCUCCGCCAGGGCUUCGCCGGCGCGCUCGAGCGCCUCUACUACCGCCACUGGCUGCACACGAACCAGGUGGUGACGCUCGAGGCCGUGGCGGGCGCCCCGCGGGCGCGCGUCCUGGGCAUCUCCCCCGACUGGGGCCUGCUGCAGGUGGCCGAGGUGGUGCAGACGGUGGGGACGGCGUCGGUGCGCGGCGGGGACGGCGACGACGGCGAGGACGGGGCAGAGGAGCGGCUGACGGGCCGCGUGUGGAAGCUGCAGAGCGACGAGAACAGCUUCGACUACUGGAAGGGUCUGGUGCGGACCAAGACAUAG